AUGGCGGAAACAACAGAGGCAUCAUCCUCGCAGGGUCCUCUGCAGGAUGCUGCUUCCCAAACUGUCAAUCUCCAAGUCCUGUCUCCGUCUGUCGGCGUCAACAGGCCUUUGACCUUUCCCGGCAUCCCAGCUGUAACCACUGUCCGCCAGCUAAAGGAGAAGAUUCGGGACACGCUUCCAACCAAACCUGCGGAUGACCAGCAGCGACUGAUACACCGUGGAAGGCUUCUGGCACGAGACAGCGAGGCGUUGCAGGAUGUCUUUGGGACGGAAGCACUCCGAUCUGGGGACCAGCAGACUCUCCAUCUCGUACUCAGAGAUCUCUCCGAGCCUCGUGCUUCAAGCCAACAGCCCACGCCGAUCCGCGGCCACAGUCCAGCACCAGGCACCUUGCCGAACCGGCCUGCAGAGACCCAACUGCCUCCCCACCCCCAAACUGCCCACGCUCGCUUAGGUCUCGCGACGCCCGUUCAGACCUUUCCGAAUGCCCAAGUGCCGAUCCCGGAGUUUGCGCGCCCAAGCCUAGCUUCGCAAAUGCAGAUGAUGCAACAUCAGCAUGAGGCCAUGGUCCAUCAGACUACGGUCCAGUGGAUGAACCAGAUCCAACGAGAAGCAGGUUAUCGGCAGCUCCUAAACCAGCAUCAGAGGGAGCGGGCAGCGAUGGGGAUGCAUGGCGUCCAGGACGCCAACCCACAGGGACCAGGCUCGGGGGACAACUUGAGCGGCAGGAAUAGCCCAGCCAUCGGGCAGCCAGUGCACGUCACAAGGGAGGUGAUCGGCCCGAACGGCCAAUACUGGAGAAUGACGAUGGGCGAUACGGCAGUUGGCUCACGCACGAACUCUCCCCAGCCUGGUCCGCUCCCCGCCGGCCGAGGUCCCCUUGUGCCUGCCGAAGUACACCACAUCAUCCGCAAUGCCGAUGCUAAUCAGGCUACCCGGGCAAUGACCAAUGCUAUGCACCGAAGCGCAUCAGGUGCGUCAUUGGCCAACAUGGCCAACAUCAAUGCCCCGAUACAGCCCAUAGCGCCCGGGGUUACCGUGCCAAUGUUCCCGAACGGCUCGAGGCAUGGCAGUAGGACGGCGACUCCGGAUCCAUUUAUUCGGACUCCGAGUCACGGGAGCACCUCCGCCCCAUCUGCGUCACAGAAUAAUCUAGAGACUCAACCAUCCCCAGCCCAGCCCGAGGUGUACAUUCUAUCAUCCCCCUCCGGCCCACGAGCACUCCUCAUCAAUAGCGCCUCGGAGGCGUACUAUACACCAGCCCUACGCCCGUCGGCUCCCCGGACGCUUCGGGCCAACAUUUCCAUCCGCCAGCCGGGCGUGCAAAACGUGACCUUCAUACCGCAAAUCCACGUCUCCCGUAACCAGGCCCAGCCCCAGGGGCAGCAUGGCCAGGUGGUCCAAGCCCAACAGCCGCAGCCCCAAGGCCAGAAUGGAAAUCCAGGCCGCGAUCCCGUGGCGCAACGUAUUCCCGUCGUUGUCCCCAUCCAACCGCAUGCUCACAACCCCGGCAUUGGCGCUCUUAUGGUGGUCGCCUGGCCGCACAUCUGGCUCGUUAUUAGGUUGACAGCCUUUGUGUGGUGGUUCACGGCUUCCGAUACGAGCUGGUCGCGCUGGUGGGCUGUCGUCGCGAUCGCGAUCGCCGUCUUCGCCGUCAACACGGGCCUGAUGAACGGCGUCGCCAACCGGGCAUGGGAGCCACUCCGGCGGCACCUGGAGGGCCUGAUUCCAUUUGCCGACCCGGCCGCAGCGCGGGACGACCCCGAACCCACACCCGCGCCCCAGCCCGCGCACGAGACAGAGACUCCGACUGCGACCGCGACCGCGACCGCGACCGCGACCGAACCGGGGGAAGGGGCCCCCUUACUCGAGCGUCCCGACCCGGCCGCAACGGCGGCGCGCCUCGUGGCGGAGCGCCAGAAUGCCAACGCCAACCGGCUCCUGGACCGGGUGCGGCGCCUCGAGCGGGCGGGCCUGCUAUUCCUGGCGAGUAUCGCGCCCGGCGUCGCGGAGCGCCACAUCGCCCACCUCGAGGCGCAGGAGCGCGCCGAGAGGGAGCGGAGGGAGGCCGAAGAGGAGGCGGCCGCGACGGCCGCGAGGGAGGCUGCUGAGAGUGAGGCCGAAGCUGCGGCUGCGGUUGAGGCUGCGGCUGAGGCUCCGGAUGCGGCGCCUGAUGCGAUGGCCGAUGGCGGUGGGAUCCAGCAGGGUGGAGGUGAGACUGGGGAGCAGUUGGUGGUCUAG